UCACUCAGGUGGACUGUGGUGGAGAGUCAGGAUUGUAGCUCCAAGUAGCCGCUCGUGGUGCGCGUGCACGAACCCUCGGACUAGGCUGGAGAUGGCGACGGCGGAGGACAAGCCGGAGGACAAGCGCACGUCUCCGGAGCCCGCGGAGCUGCCGGCCGCCGUACGCGCGAGCAUAGAGCGGAAGCGGCAGCGGGCGCUGAUGCUGCGCCAGGCCCGGCUGGCGGCUCGGCCCUACCCCUCGGCGGCGGCGGCCACAGGAGGCAUUACCAAUGUAAAAGUCCCUCCCAAAAUGAUUGACACCAAAGGAGGCUUCAUUUUAGAAGAAGAGGAAGAAGAGGAACACGAGACUGCAAAUGUUGUUCACGAACCAGGGCCUGUCAUGGAGUUCGAUUAUGUGAUCUGUGAAGAAUGUGGGAAAGAGUUCAUGGACUCGUACCUUAUGAGCCACUUUGAUUUCCCAACAUGCGAUAGCUGCAGAGAUGCUGACGAUAAACACAAGCUUAUAACCAAAACAGAAGCCAAGCAGGAAUACCUUCUGAAAGACUGCGAUUUAGAGAAGAGAGAGCCCGCGCUUAGGUUCAUCGUGAAGAAGAACCCUCGUCACGCACAGUGGGGUGAUAUGAAGCUCUACUUAAAGUUACAGGUUGUCAAGCGGGCUCUUGAAGUUUGGGGUAGCCAGGAAGCACUGGAAGAUGCAAAGGAAGUAAGGCAGGAAAACCGAGAGAAAAUGAAGCAGAAGAAGUUUGAUAAGAAAGUCAAAGAACUGCGGCGAGCAGUAAGAAGCAGUGUGUGGAAAAGAGAAACAGCCGCUCACCAACAUGAGUACGGACCAGAGGAAAGCUUAGAAGAUGAUAUGUUUCGCAAGACUUGUACCAUGUGUGGCCACGAGCUGACAUAUGAAAAAAUGUGACUUUUAAAAACAUUUAUAUUCAAAUAAAGGCUCUCUUCAGAUGUACCACAGUGUAGUCUUUUUAGAAACGCUUUUUAGAAAAACCCUCAUGUGAUGGAUAUGCUUAAAGAAAAAUGGUCCACAGGUCCACCUGCACAUACAUGCGCACACCUCUGUGUGCCCCUUUCCUUUGCACACAUGGAAGUAAAAAUCAAAGUGACAAGUUAGAACUACUCCACGGGGAACAAGGGACACAGUAAAUCCUAGCCUGGCAUAGGAGGAAGCACUUUCAGGUGAGGCUAAUGGAACUGAACUUAGCUCAGGGAGCACAGGUCUGAUGUGAACUGCUGUGAAGUCUUCAGCAAUGGCAACAGCGAGAUGCCUACAGAAACGGCACCCUGCCUCAGCGGGUGCCCAGGGCCCCAUUCUUCAGGAUCUUCACGCAGCAAUUUGGAAAUGAUGGGUCAAAAGGGAAAAAGGCUACUUUCAAAGUUGAGUAUCAAGACUUUCAUCAAAAGCAUUACACUAACACUUGAGUACUCUUAUCUGCCUUACAAGUUCUCAUCUAAUGGUAACAACUUGCUUCCAUAUUUAACACUUCUGAGGUUGGAAGUGACAGUUCAAAUAUUAUUUCUCCAUAGCCAUUUGUAUCAAUUCAGCUAGCCAGAUUUUUCUUCAGUCUCGUUAAAAGUACUAUCAAAAAGUACCAUUAAAAACAACUAUCAGAAGCAACCAUUAUAUGUGAAAAAAAGAUCAAGAGAGAGAAGGCAGUGGUGGCACACACCUUUAAUCCUAG